AUGACUAAUUCGUGUGAAAAGAAUUGGCUAUUUUACCUCGUCCAACCGACGCAAUUGCUCACUGAUAUACAGGAAAUACCGCUGGAAACAAAGCUAUCUCUGCUAAAGCAGUUUCUGUCUCAAGCUGAGCUAGCCGACCGCAAGGCAUUCGCGGCGAACAACCGGGCUGAUGCACCUGCCUCGGAGCUGAACGCAUCGAACGAGUCACGCAGGGCUACGGAGACUCCGGCUAGUUUAGAGGGUUCCGAGACCGAGCCACCCUAUAAAAAGUCCAAGAUUCUUGAUGCCUUGGCUCUGCAAUUGGCAGCCGUGUUGCGGUUCAAUUUGAAUCUGUUCCGCACCAUGUAUGAGAUCCCGACACGACUUUUGGCACGUUUGUAUCGUGUCCUGGUAACUGUUACGGCUAAAAAUUCUGCUGUAUUGCAACCUCUGUUCGAGCAAAGCGAUGGGAUUGAUAGUCUCUUCAAAAUCAAUCCAUAUGCUGUGUUUGAUUGGCGUGCUUUACAUCCUACCACAAUCUACGCCAUCUUCUCCUAUCAUGUUUGGUGCUUACAGGUAUCUUUCGCUUCCAACAUGCUACCUCAACCAUUUCGUAACUUAACACCGGCAGUUUCUGGUCUGACAGAGAUCCCAGACACAGUGUUCUUUGCGGACAAUCGAGUAGAAAUCAGUGUGGUCCUGGAGCGCGCUUUUGAAUCCGUAUCUCAAUUGACUCAAGUGGUCACGCUGUUGGAUGAGAUUUCUCUCGCUCGACCACUCCCCACCGCAUUCCCUCUGGUCGGACCGGGACUUCCACCGGCUCUCGGAGCACCGCUGGAUGUGGAACCGGAGGAAGCGAACGAAGAGUCCGGAUCUAGGUCGCGGCAAAACAUGCUUAUUCGAGAUGCGGAGUUGCUGUCCAGGGACUACGUGGAAUUGUCCAUCAAGUUUAUCCUCGGUCGGCACGCUUUUCAAAUGCAAAAUUUUUCCAAAUCCGAGGAGCUUUUCACUGUUGCCUUAAGGUUGAUGAAACAGAACGAGAUCACUUAUGCCGAAGAAGUAGGAGCAACUGUGAAUCUGUUAGAGACCUAUCUACAGGCCUGCAAAUCCUGUCAUUCGGAAAUUCUGUCCGAUUUGGACCUUUCCACAUAUCACGCGGCACCGUGCGAAUUCGUGGAAGUGUUCUGUGAACUUCUUCAACGUGAUUGGCUUGAAACUUCCACACCACGUCCAUCCACACCGUUCUGGCAUCACACUAUGCCCGAGCCUGGCUCCCGUGCCAAAUCACUCCUAUCACCGCCCAGAGCGAAAAACGAUCUGUCCAACGGAGUCAAUAAACCAACCUAUGAGGAUCAUCUCUGUCAGAUUCUGAUGGAAGAUUUGCAUGUGGAAGAUAACGCUCAAACAUGUGAUUCGGUUGUUCCACUGGGCUGGAGUUUACGACAACGACUAGAAGGACUACUGUUCCGCGUCCUGAGCACAUGGAACACAUCCAGCUGGUUGGAUGCCAAAUCUGGUCGUCAACCGCCGACAAAACAAGCAAAACUCAGUCCACGAUCUGUGAGCUCCGAUGCGAUCGAUCUGUUCCGUGUGGUACAACAUCUUUACACAAAGGUACGAGUGUGCAACACAAUCGAACGUCUCGUGUCCGAAUCGUUUUUCGAACCGGUCCAAUUUGUCACUCUACUAAUCACGUGCCAGGUCACUCCGAGCACAAUCAAUUCAACACAAUCCCCGGUGAUUUUCGAUCCGAUGUGUGCCUAUGAAUUCCUGUUCGAUUGCCUCGACUGCUUCCUGCACGUCCUAUCCACACAACCACAACAACGGACCAAAUUACGUGUACAGUUGGUUAAUCAGUUCAUACUAUACCUCGUCCAGCAGGGGUUGCAUUUGCUCGGACAACCGGACUGGGCCACCGGUCCAGAUGGUACCGAUUUACUGGCUCUCCGAAGACGUUUUCGUGGUUAUUUGAGCGCUCUUGUGGAACACAGUUUGCUUACGGCGCUUAAAUCAGACGUGCAAAACUUCGUGCGCUCUGCGUUCGAGAUGGAACAAUCAAUUGAGCUACCUGGAGGUGAAACCGUCCCCACAAAUCCGAUCCUCAAAGGUCUACCUGAUCCGGGUAUUGAACUUCCAAGUCAUUCGACUGUCGAACAUGGUUUGGCUUCUCUUACGAACGGGAUAACAGACACUUUGAAGCUGAGCGAUCUAUCCGGUGGCUGGCCCGACUCAUCCGUCGGAUCUGAUAGCGGUACUGUGUUUGGAAGCAAAAAGGAUGUGGACAUGCGAAGCUCGAUGCCAUCGCCUCUGUUCGGUACAGCCACACCGUACGGCCAAUUCGCAUCUCACUCGUUUCGUCAAGGUCAUUCGGGGCCUGUUCCACAUGCCACGCUUGCCUCUUCUACUCCUUCGCCGUGUUCCGUGCUGUUGGACAGUUUGGGAAGUGAUGAUGCACCCGCUCUUGUGCACGCGACCACAGUCCGAUCCCUGUUGACCACAUGUGUUCCGUCCGGAGUGAGCACGGGUGUGCGAAAACUGCUCAGUGUCAUGCCGGCGGCUCGGAUACUUCAAUUGAAUUCUGCCUGGCUUCCCUGUCUGCGCAGACUGGCCACGUUGGAGUAUGCUUCGAGUGGUGGACCGAUAAAUGAUGUGCCUCCAGAUGACAGUCCACUGGCUCCGUUUUUCACAGUAGACCUGAAUUCUGCCGGACUGUUGGUUGCGGCCGUACAACUGGCCAAAGGUUCACUGCAUUUGGAACAUCAGACCGCCAGUCCGACUAGAAUUCACGCCCUGUUCUUGUCCGCCCUGUCCGAACUGACUGCGGUCACAAACAACAUGUGUGCCGGUGUAUCCGGACUCGUUUGGUUUCGUGCAGCUUUGCGACACGAAUUGCUCCUAUUAGAUCUGAUGAGCGUUCUGGAUCCUUGCUUCGCAUCAUCCGUUGAGGAUUUACGCACAGCCUCCACAACCACCGCGGGCGGUACAGGUGUGCCUAAACUGCCCACACGCCGUUUCCAUUUCAAUGAUCUAUCGAGACGGGCGAAAAUAUGUCUGUUCCAAGCGGCCGGUUUGCCAGCCAACCAGGCCGCUUUGGAGAACAAGAUGGACGCCAAUAUGCCACUAGGUUUGUCCAGCACCCUGGUCUGUUCGGCGGCAUGCUUUUUGCUAUGGAAUGGGGAACGUGACUUCAUCUUGCCCGCAUCCAAACGAGCCCAAUCCUCGGCCGUGUGUUUGCCUAAAGGUGCACUUCCUGCUCGCAAUUCCACCCUGGGUGGUGGUGUAGACCUAAUUCGGGCUCUGCUCCGACUGCAUGAGGCUGUCUCCGCGGUCGCUUACGAACUGGACACGGGAGCGGAACACAAUGUGAUGGGAUCGAUGACCGAAGCGGAGACGACGCGUCCGGUUCAGGCAGAUCGAGUGAAAACAGCAAUUAAUAAUUUGUGGAAUUUGGUGGUUUUUGGUUGUCUGGCCCCGGAGUUAGCAAACAGCUCCCAAGGAUCGGAAGGCGGUUCUGGUUCUGUUGCAGGUGAGACGCCUUUUCCUCUUGGCUAA